AUGCUCCCUGCCUCUGUUCUCUUGUCUGUGUUGGCUGCCGUUGCCUCUGUUGCCACUGCCGCCGACUCGUCUCUGGCCUCGGCUAACUCCACCAACUCCUGUAGUAUGUCCACCACCAUCACUGCUGCUUCUGCCAUUUCGCAGUUGAACUCGUGUCCUACCUUGGACGGCCAGAUCACCAUCUCCGGUGACCAGGUCGGCGCCUUGGACUUGGGCAACGUGCAGACCAUUGCCGGUGACGUGUCGAUCUUCAACUCGUCGUCCAUCACCUCCAUCAACUUGGCCUCCAUUGCCAACGUGACCGGCUCGUUGCUGAUGAGCGCCUUGACCACCUUGAACAACAUCCAGCUCUUGAAGCUCACCUCCGCCAACAAGUUGUCCUUUGUGUCGUUGCCCUCGCUCGCCUCGCUCAACUUGGGCUCUGGUCUUGCCAACGUCACCUCCUUGACCUUGUCUGACACCGCCUUGGCCUCCAUCGACAAGCUUUUGCAGUUCAAGACCAUCGGUGUGUUGAACGUCAACAACAACAAGAACAUCACCUCCAUCGACUUGUCCGACUUGUCCAACGUCACCGAAGGCUUGACCUUGUCGUUCAACAGCGACCAGGCCAGCGUCAAGUUGCCCAACUUGCAGUCCGCCGCCAACUUGACCAUCCAGGACGUGGCCUCCUUGGACAUCUCCUCGUUGCAGUACGUCAACGGCUCGUUCAUCUUGGGCUACAACACCUUCGACUCCGUGUCGUUCGACUCCUUGAGCUCCGCCGGCUCUUCUCUCCAGGUCUUUGCCAACAACGACUUGACCACCUUGAACUUGCCAAACUUGACCCAGGUCGGCGGUGAGUUCCGUAUCUUCAACAACUCCUUGUUGAGAACCGUGGACAUCCACAACUUGAAGACCGUCAAGGGUGCUGCUGCCCUUGCCGGUGAGUUCGGCAACUUGAACUGGAGCGGUUUGGGUGAGGUCGACGGUGACUUCUCUCUUUCCGCCUCCGCCAGCAACUUCUCUUGUUCCCAAUUCGACAAGUUGCAGUCUUCCAACAAGAUCAAGGGCCACAACUACAACUGUUCCUCCCCAUCCUCCACCUCCUUGGCUUCCAGAUCCGGCGGUUCCUCUUCUACCGGUACCCGUGGUUCCGGUUCCAGCACCAGCGGUUCUUCCCAAGGUUCUUCCAGCGCCUCUUCUUCCAAGAAGAACGGUGCUGACUACUUGGCCCCAGGCUUCCUUUUGUCUGCUGUCGGUGCCGUUGCCGCAGCUCUUGUCUAA